UUUCAAUUUCUUAAAAAAAUUGUGGGAUCUGAAGCGGAAACCAAAUAUGCUAUUAAAAGCUUUGACAGGCUUCUUUUGCUUGAUCUUCGAGUUUGCGUGGCACCCAACAUUGAAUUUCUGCGAGAAUCCGGUGUGCCAAAUGAGAAUAUUAUGGUCUUGUUGAAGUACCGACCUAGAGCAUUCAUGACAAGCAAUGAUAGGUUUAGAGAGAUUGUGAAGGAGGUGGAGGAAAUGGGUUUUAAUCCUCUUAGGAAGAAGUUUGUGAUAGCAGUUCAUGCUUUUAGGGCAAUGAGUAAAUUGACAUGGGAGAAGAAGGUUGAGGUUUAUAAGAAAUGGGGAUUGUCUGAGGAUGAGAUUCUUGUGGCUUUUGGGAAGCAUCCAGGGUGCAUGAUGGUUUCCGAGCAUGAGAUCAAGGAAGUGAUGAACUUUUUUGUCAAUAAAAUGGGUUGGGAGUCUUCAUUUGUUCCAAGAAAUCCAUUACUUGUUUCGCUGAGCUUAGAGAAAAGAAUUGUUCCAAGGUGUGCAGUUUAUCAAGUAUUAUUGCUAUCGAAAGUUUUGAUUAACAGCAACAAUAUUAGCUUGUCAACUAUGCUGAAGGUUAGAGAAAUGUUGUUCUUAAAGAAGUUUUUGAUCUGUCAUGUGGAACAAGCUCCUGAGCUAUUGAAAUUGUAUAGGGAAAAGUUGGCUCUUGCAAAGUAACUAGGAUAUAGGUAGGAUGUCUUCUUUUGAAACCAACUCAACAUACAGUUGGAAUGUUCUUUUGUUUCUCCUGGUUGAACUCUGUUAUUGAAUUAUCUCAUUUUGAAUACAAUGUGGCAAUCAAUUAAAAUUAGUUAUCCGUAAGCAGGUUCUGUUCUCUGUUUCGACUCUGACCAAUGAGAUUUGAAGUUCCACACUGCUGCAUUGAAUUCUUUGUCGUUUUGUAAUGUGGUUGAGGCUUGAAGCAGUGUGCCAAUGUCUUUUCAUCUGGGUAAUUAUGUAUAGGUAGGAGCUUACAUUGCAUUCAUUCAAGCUACAAGGAACCAUUUAUUUGAAGUGAUUGAAACCACCCCAAGAAAAAGAGAGAAGAAAUUGUUGUUUUGGUUUGUAUGAUUCUAAUUUUGAGCGUAAGCAACAGGAUCCAACCCAGGUCUGGAGGAGAGCUAUUGAUUGUGCAAUUUGCUUUUACAAAGGCGAAUUAUGAGGUGGUUGUGUCCGAGCCUGAUACUACUACUGAUGAAGCUGAAACAGGAGAUUGGGGCUUGAGUCAAACAACAAAAGGUGAGAUUAAAAUUAAUUUGUUGGUGCUAUGGCGAAAGGUCCACAGAAUGGAGUGUUGGCUCUUGUGGUUAAAGACAGUAUAUGUCAAAUUUUUCUUGUUGGGGUGGGUUGUAAAACUUGGGAAAUUACUUGCUUGUCUUAGAGAAAUUAUCCAGUAGGUCUGAUUUUAGGUUACACAUUCUCGAGAGAGAACUGUUGUCUCUGAUUUUGUACUCUCCUUGUAUUGGUUGGAAAUAGAAAAAUAAGAUUGCUAUGGCAUUGACAAUCCAA